UUGGGGUCCGUUGAUAAACAUGGGGGAUGCCGCAGCUGGCUCCUCAUCGGUGCCGGGGCGCAACUUGCGUCUGGUGUCGGUUCUUACUUCUUCUUUUGAUACCGGUAUUACUGGUCAUCAACCGUCCAUCAUCCUCCCGCCGCCUCGUCCUGAUUCCUUUUCCUGUUUCUCUUUCCUUUUCUCCCCUGCUGUCCCAUCACCCCCGGGCGGCUGUUGGUGAUCUCUUUCCCACAACCGAACGUGUUCUGUGCCCCUACCGUUCGUUAAACUGAGAUUGGGGAACCGCAUUCUCGGGACGGGGUUUUCAUCUUCUCUCGCCAUCCUUCAUCGCCUCAUCAUCUCGUGGCCUGGUUGUCCCCGCGGGGGAUCACGCUGCACACAAUGGCAUACUACAAGGCCUUUGGGCUGACAUGCCCAGACGAUGGAAAGUUCUACGUGUGUGAGAAGGCGACGGUCCAGUUCAUCGGCUGCUGCACAUCAGACCCCUGCGCCGACGGGUCAGGGAAGUGCCCUCAGGCCGACCUUAGGAAAUCCAACUUCUCGCCUUCCGAGUACCAGGCUCUGCCGGAGCAGGACUGCGAUGGCUACCCAGGGUACCAGAACUGGUACACGUGUACCAACAGCAGGUUCAUGGGCUGCUGCGCCGAAAACCCGUGCAGCUCCAAGUCCUGCCCCAACGACAAGCUGCUCCCGGCGAGGCUCAGCGACAAGACCAUAAACCGCAACCUGUUCCUGAACCCGACCUCCUCCGGCGUCCCCUCCUCGACCGCGUCCGGCCAGGCAUCGGGGACCGCCGCGGCGAGCACCCCGGCGGUCCAGCAGCAGAACAACGGCCUCUCCACCGGGGCCAUCGCCGGUAUCGCCGUCGGCGUCGGCCUUCUCUUCAUCAUCCUGAUCGCCGUCUUGACGUACAAGUUCGGCUGGAGCGCUGGCAAGCGCAAGGAGAGGAAGAAGGCCCCGGUCCUGCCAACCAUGUCGCAGCCCGAGUACGACUCCAACGAGCCGGCUCCCUACUACGACGGCGCCCACAAGAGCGCCACCGCCCACGCCAACCCGUUCAGAGAGUCAUACAUGAGCGGCUCGACAGCCUUCAGCUCCCCGCGCGACACCAUGUUCGCCAAGCACCAACACCACCACCAGUCCAUGGGCGCCCUCUCGCCCGACGGGCCCCAGUCGGCCUACGCCGGCAGCGAGGGCGGGGACCCGCGCCAGCCGAGCCCGUCCUACAGCCAGCUGAGCUUCCACAGCAACGCGCACACGCCGCAGCUCGGCGCCGCCCCCAACCUCCCCGUCGUCUACGAGAUGGACUCGACCGCGCGCCCGCACGAGCUCGCCAGCAGCGACGCCCCCGCCAGCCCCGCCCUCCAGGUGCCCGGCCAGUCGCAGCAGCAGCAGCCUCACCACCACGUCCGCGGCCCCAGCUUCGACUCCCCCAUGACGUCGCCCGGCCACCCGCCGCCCGCCAGCCCCAUGAUCUCCGAGGCCGACGCCGGGUCCCAGUACGGCUCGCCCGUGGGCUCGCCGAGGAUGCCGCCAAACGCCCUGUCUGGCAACGGGGGUUACGCCUCCGUCCCCAACGACAGCGCCGCCGCCAACUUUAGCCACGACCAGAACCAGGGGUACAGGCCAUACAACGCGCCUCCUGGGCCGAGGGAAUGAUUGGUGCCCUGUCAUCAUGACUGGGUACCUAGUGUGCUUUUAAUGUCAAAGUGGCUCCAGGUGCCGCGUCAAUUCCUAACUAAUGAAGGGGAAAUAGAGAAAAGAAAC